AUGGAUUCAAAAAUGAGCACCGAGUUUGAACCACGAGUCAACAAAGCUCAAAUGAGUUCUAUUAUUAGAAAAUUAGCCUAGAUAAGCCGAGUUUUACUGUAGUUAUUAGAGUAUAGGAAGAUUAUGAAAGUUCAUAUCUUACAAUUCGCAGAACUGCUUCGCUAUGUUUAUACCAAUACCAUUUUUCAGAUUGCGGCACGAGAUUUUCAAUCAACAACAAGCUGCCGCAGAGUCAAUAAUAAUUAUUUAUGUUAUAACUUCUGUAUUUAGAGUAAAUAAAUAUCAUUGUUUCAAUAUGUGAUGUUAAUUUAGUAUUCAAUUCAGCUUUUCUAGCGCUUAUCGAGCUUUUUCUGGUCCAAAAACGCUUUUUCUAAGGUUUGCUGCGCUAUUUCGAGCGCCGGCGCGUCAAUUUAUGCGCUAUUUCGGGCGACGGCGCGUCGUUCUGAUGCGCCAUUUCGGGCGACGGCGCAUCAUCUGAGGCGCUGUUUCGGGCGACGGCGCCCGGCUGUUUGAUGCGCCUAUCGCCCCAGAUGGUAGCAACAGCGCCCCAGAAGUCAGCAAGUGGCGCAUCACUUUAUCCGAGUGGUUUGAUAAUUCGAAAUAUUUUUGAAACGUAUAUUUUUUGGUAUUUUUUUAAAAAGUUAAAAAAAUUAUCUGAACAUUUUUCUAGUUUUUUUAACACUAAAAACCCCCCAACAUUUUUUCCACCUAACUAACCUAAUUAUAAUGAUCUAUCCAUUAUUCCCACACCCAUACACUUACAGGAAAUCACUCACCCCUUCAAAAAAUGUACCUAAUUCACAUUGUACAAUAAUAAUAAUAAAUGUACAUUAUCCAAAAAAAAAAAGCAGGGGUCAUCCUAUAAUUAAUUCAAGAGCCCCCCUUCCAAAAAAAGGGGGAAAGAUUACAACAUCAUGUAACAAUAGAGAUUUUUUAUAACACCUGCUAGAAAAAAUACACAGACACACAUUUUUUGAGUUGAGUGGUUUUUGAGGGAGGACACAUGUUGUGGGAUUUGGGGGAUUUUGAUACUGAAAAUUACUCGAAUCUUGUGAAAUGCACUCGUCAAACAAAUGCACUUCGAAAUAUUUCUUCAAGUGGAUUUUUUGAAACGUAAAAAUUGUUGGAUUUUUUUCUAAAUCUAAAUCUUGAAACCUAAAUCUGGAAUCCUGGAGAAUUUGAGUUGCAAAACUAGUUAUGACGUGGCAUUUUCUGGCUUCUAUCGAACCUCCCUAAUCCAUUUUUUUCCAGAAUUACCCUUCCAAUCUACGCAAGAGAUCGAGGCUCCCCUGAACUAUCUUCAUCUUCCUUGAUCACCCUCACUAUCUCCGACAUCAAUGACAAUGCUCCAACCUUCGAACAAUCGGCCUACGAUUUAUACAUCGCUGAAAACUCGCCAAUCGGAAGUGUUGUUGGAACAAUCAUUGCGAGAGAUCCAGACGAUGCCGAAAAUGCUGAAAUUGUUUUUCGAAUCUUUGGAGGAUCUGAUGCCAAGCUUUUCGAUAUUGAAGAGGAUGAACUGCAGAAUGGGGUGGUUAGAAUUCUGUCGCGAGCUGAAUUUGAUUAUGAGGCGAAAUCGAACAAAUUCUUCUUUGAACUUCAAGCUUCGAGCGGGCAAUUGUCUUCGAUUGUUCCUGUUCGAAUUCAUGUUUCGGAUAUCAAUGAUAACAAGCCGAUUCUGAAGGAUUUUGUGAUUUUGAUGAAUCGAUUUGAGGAUGCGAAUUUGCCUGGACAGAUUGGUUUUAUACCAGCGUUGUGAGUUCCAUUUUCAAAAUUCUUUCUAUCUUCUUCUAAAUAAUAUUUUUCCAGCGAUCCCGAUCAAAAUGCAACUCUCGAAUAUUUCCUCGAAGAAAACGACCUCAUCGAAGUCGAAAAAUACACUGGCAAAAUUCUUGUCAAACAAGAAUGGAAACGAAAUAUGGACCUCAAAUUCAAAUCUUGUGUAUCCGAUGGUCCGAAUACCGAAUGUGCCACGUGUCGCUUCAUCCACGUCAUCAUCGAACCAGAAUGGCUGAGUGAAAGUGUAACAAUUGCGAUGAGCGGCUUGAGCUUGGAUGAUUUUUGGGAUCCGAUGGUUUUCCAGAGAUUCAGAGAUUCAAUUUCAACGUUGGCUCCAGCAUGGAAAUCGGCGGAUGUUCAUAUUAUUUCUGUCAAACAGAAUUCUGAAGAUCAAUUGUAUAUUUCGAUUGUUGUUCUGGAACAUGGGAAUCAUGUUGUCAAGUGA